UCACAUGGAUAAAGUUACUAAGGCGCGGUGCUCAGGUCUGUUCUUGUCUUCUCACUACAUUAUCUUGAGUUAGGGAGCUGGACAGAGAGUUAGAGAGGAGACUUUCAGAGAGACAGUCUUAGGGUGUGAGAGUUAGGGAGCUGGACAGAGAGUUAGAGAGGAGACUUUCAGAGAGACAGUCUUAGGGUGUGAGAGUUAGGGCGAGAGACGGUGAGAGUGAAAGAAAGACAGAGAGCGAGAAAGUGUUUUUGAGAGAGAUAGAGAGAGAGAGAAAGUUACUUACUGAGCGAGAGAAUAGGAAUUAUAAGAGUAGUGAGGCCUGUAUAUGAUGUCAUGAUAGACUAAGAUGUGAAGAAAGAUCUGCACCGUCUGCCUGUUCAGGCCCAGAGACCCAGACAGAGGCCCAGCAGUCUCGCCCUGCAGCCUGAAGUAGAGAGGAGAGAGUAAGGGAGGUACUGUGUCUUGGCACACCAGAAACACACAGGACAUCCACAAACCAGAGAAAGAGAACAUGGAGACCCUCAUCAUCAAGAAUGAAGAGAAUACAGAAGAGAGUCAUCCCACAACAGGAAGCAAAGAUGUCCCCACAUCCAUUAUAAACAUGUGGGACCUGAACCUAAACCAGGAACAAGAGGACCCAACAACAACGCACGAUAAACCAGGGGAGAACACCCAGCCUCAGUACCAGGAACAAGAGGACCCAACAACAACGCAGGAUAAGCCAGGGGAGAACACCCAGCCUCAGUACCAGGAACAAGAGGACCCAACAACAACGCACGAUAAACCAGGGCAGAACACCCAGCCUCAGAACCAGGAACAAGAGGACCCAACAACAACGCACGAUAAACCAGGGCAGAACACCCAGCCUCAGAACCAGGAACAAGAGGACCCAUCAACAACGCACGAUAAACCAGGGGAGAACACCCAGCCUCAGAACCAGGAACAAGAGGACCCAACAACAACGCACGAUAAACCAGGGGAGAACACCCAGCCUCAGAACCAGGAACAAGAGGAUCCAACAAAAAUGCACGAUAAACCAGGGGAGAACACCCAGCCUCAGAACCAGGAACAAGAGGAUCCAACAACAACGCACGAUAAACCAGGGGAGAACACCCAGCCUCAGAACCAGGAACAAGAGGACCCAACAACAACGCACGAUAAACCAGGGGAGAACACCCAGCCUCAGAACCAGGAACAAGAGGACCCAACAACAACGCACGAUAAACCAGGGGAGAACACCCAGCCUCAGUACCAGGAACAAGAGGAUCCAACAAAAAUGCACGAUAAACCAGGGGAGAACACCCAGCCUCAGAACCAGGAACAAGAGGACUCAACAACAACGCACGAUAAACCAGGGGAGAACACCCAGCCUCAGAACCAGGAACAAGAGGACCCAACAACAACGCACGAUAAACCAGGGGAGAACACCCAGCCCCAGACAAUCUCUAGCGGGUUUACUGUCACCCCAGAAGAUGUGCUGUGUGACUCCUGCAUUGAGAUCCCGUGCCGGGCCCAGAAGUCCUGCCUCACCUGCCUGGUGUCGUACUGCGAGGCCCACCUCAGACCCCACCUGGAGAACCAGAGGUUCCAGAAUCACCGGCUGGUGGAGCCCUUACAGGACAUCGAGUGUCGCACCUGUGAGGAGCACCGGCUACCGCUUGAACUAUACUGCUUGACGGACGGCUGCGGUGUGUGUGUGUGCUGCGAGUGUGAGAGACAGGGGCAUCUGGGGCACAGUACUGUACCUGUAGAGGAGGCUCGAAGACAGAUCCAGACAGAGCUGCAGAAGAAACAAGGGGAGAUUAUGAAGACCGUCUCAGUGGCAGAGAAUUCCAUUGGCAAGCUACAGAGCAACACUGCAUCCAUAGAGAGCUCGGUGGCAGGGGUACGUGCUGUGAUGGAGCAGCAGUUCUAUUUGCUGCAAGGGGCCGUAGAAGAGGCCCGGAGGAGGGCCACGGAGGUUCUGGAGGGGGAGCAGAGGCAGGCGCUCAGUCAGGCCGAGGGCAUCCAGGCCCACCUGGAGCAGAAGAGCCAAGAGCUGAAGAAAACCCUGGCCAGAGUGGAGAGACUCUUCAGGAACAAGAGGGAUGUAGACUUCCUGCAGGAAUACUCCGAGUGGAAGACGGGGGCUGUGGAUGUCUGUCUGCCUGGGCUCUACGUCGGCCUCACAGAUCGCCUGGCCUCCUUCAGCUGCCUGCUCACUGAGUCCACCCAGGAACUGUGUGACCAGCUCAAGGCUACCUACAGGGACAAACUGAAGGACAUCUGCAGGACUGAGAAACUGGGCAUUACAACCAUGGUCCAUCCCAAGAUGUCAAAGUCUUUUUCACUGCCUGAGCCUGAGAUGCGAGACGACUUCCUCACGUAUGCCAGCAGUCUGACCUUUGACCCAGACACUGUCCACAAGUUCCUGAGACUAACUGAAGACGACAGGAAGGUGACCAACACCACGCCCUGGCAGCACAGCUACCCAGACACGCCCGAACGCUUCGAGUACUGGCGCCAGGUGAUGACCUCAGAGAGCCUCUACCUGGGCCGACACUACUUUGAGGCAGAGUUGAGUGGGGAGGGCGUGCACGUGGGACUCACCUACAAGAGCAUCGACCGGAAAGGCGUGGAGAGAGGCAGCUGCAUCACAGGAAAUGACUUCUCGUGGAGCCUCGGAAGGGAGGGGCGGAGCUUUUCCACUUGGCAUGCUGAUAUGGAGGCGGUCGUGGAAGCCACAAGUGUGUUCACGAGAAUCGGCGUCUACAUCGACUUUGACUCAGGCUCAUUAGCUUUCUAUGGUGUGACUGACAUCGCUAUGACACUCCUCUACAGGUACAAGGCUGAGUUCAUGGAGCCCUUGUAUCCUACUGUCUGGCUCUCAAAGAAGGACAGUGUGGUUUUAUUGGUUGGUCCUAAGGACCCUCCACUAAUGAAGAGCUCAACUCUGCCUGCCACCCCCAUCACUCCCAUGGCAACAUCAGCUCCUGUCAGUCCAGAAUCAUAAUACUUUGACUGCAGAAGUGUAGUUAGGUUAGAGAGGCGGACCAGUACACAUUUCUGUUUCUCACAAAUACAAUAAAGUAUCUAUUCUAUUCAUAAGCAGUUGCCUUAAGUGACUGAUACUGUACUUAUUUAACAGGACACAGCAUCAAGUAUCACAAGACAACAGACAGGGACUUUACAGGGGGUAUCUGCACUCAUCCAGGACCUAUAUACUAGACGGUGUCAGAGGAAGGCCCAAAAAAUUAUCCAGAUUCCAGUCACCCAACUCAUAGACUGUUCUCUCUACUACCGCACGGCAAGCGGUCCCGGAGCGCCAAGUCUAGGUCCAAAAGGCUCCUUAACAGCUUCUACCCCCAAGCUAUAAGACUGCUGAACAAUUAAUCAAAUAGCCACCCAGACUUUGUUUUUACACUGCUGCUACUCGCUGUUUAUUAUCUAUGUACAAAAUUACCUCGACUAACCUGUACCCCUGCACAUUGACUUGGUACCGGUACCCCCUGUAUAUAGCCUUGUUAUUGUUAUGUCAUUUUAUUGUGUUACUUUUUAUUUAACUUUUUACUUUAGUUUAUUUUAGUAAAUAUUUUCUUAACUCUAUUUCUUGAACUGCAUUGUUGGUUAAGGGCUUGUUAGUAAGCAUUUCACAGUAAGGUCUGGACCUGUUGUAUUCGGCGCAUGUGACAAAUAUAAUUUGAUUUGAUAUAGAACAAAACAUGACACUGAGGGACUGAGUAAUAACUUUUUAACCGCUCUUUUUAUUGGAACGGGUUAGCAAGUGACUGACUUGCUACCUACUGUGAUUGGUCUUUCAUAUGCAAAAACAUACUAUGUUUAUUUGACAUUGUGCUGAGUACUAACUACCAAGAUGAGUUCAAGGGCUGUCUUUCAUUGUUGUGUCAAUGGUCAAUCCAAUGUAAAUCAUAUUAACAAUGUGACAAA